AUGAUCGGCUUGGAUUCGUCAACACCUGCCUGUUUGAGCCGGUUCAGAAUGGCCUCUGGGGCUAUGAACUGUUUAUCAGCGUUGAGAAAGUCCUGGAAUGGGACGUUGAUAGCGUUUUUGAUAUGGCCCGAGGAGAUGCCUGGUCUUGCCUCGUUGGCGGAUCCGUCGAAUCGGGGCCCCGAUCUGGCGUCCAGUAAUGUGUACGACUUGCCGAUCUUGUCCUCGAGAACCAAUUGCUUUAGUUCUUCAAAAGAGACCAGUUUCGACUUAUCAAAGGUGGCUUUAUAA